AUGUCAGCCGCAGAGCAGGUCAAAUUGACCAACUUCGAGAGCAUUUUCUCUCUGGAAGGCAAGGUCGCCGUGGUGACCGGCGGGAUCAUGCAAGCGGGUGCCUCGAAAGUGUACAUCACAUCCCGGAAGAAGGCAGCCUGCGAUGAAGCGGUCGCUGCGCUGAACGCCUUGCCCAACAAGCGACCAGGGGCUGUGGCGAUCUCGGUCCCAGCGGAUAGCUCUCGUAUGGAUGAGUUGGAUAGACUCGUGGCUGAGAUCAGCAAGACGACCGAUCAUGUCGAUAUCCUGUUUGCCAAUGCCGGGGCUACCUGGGGUGAGAAGUUCGAUACCCAUCCGGAGAAGAUGUUCUCGAAAGUCAUGGAUCUUAAUGUGAAGAGCAUUUUCUACACCAUCCAGAAGCUUGCACCUCUCCUCAGCGCAAAGGCCACCCGGGAAGACCCAUCUCGGGUCAUUGUCACUGCCUCGGCGGCCGCCAUUCAUCUGGCCAAGAAUCUGGCGGUUGAACUCGGCCCACGGCACAUUCUGACCAACGCCAUCGCACCGGGCUUCUUCCCUUCGAAGAUGGCGUCGGGAUUGAUUGAAUCGAAGGGUGGGCUGAGGCAUCUGGAGGAGUUCUCUCCCAAUGGUCGCCUCGGUCGUCCUGAGGACAUCGCGGGCUUGGUGGUCUUUUUGGGAUCACGAGCGUCAAGUCACCUCAACGGAGCAGUGAUAACCACUGAUGGUGGGGCCGUCCUCAAGGGGCGGCUGUAG